AUGAAAUUCGAAACAAAUAUACAAUCACAACACACGAACAAUACCAAUCAAUAUGCACAGCAGACAGGACAAAAUGAUGUAAACUCAUCGUCAAUGAUCCGAUCAAAGCCAAACACAAUUUUGCCCACGAAUCCGAGUCCAGAUUCAGCUAUCCAUUCGGUGUACACUCACAGUUCGCCGAGUCAAUCCCCAUUAACGUCAAGACAUACCCCAUACACACCAUCAUUAAGUCGAAAUAACAGCGAUGCAUCGUACAGUAGUUGCUACUCAUACAGUUCCGAAUUUAGUCCAACACAUUCGCCCAUUCAAGGACGACAUAAUAUGUACGCCGGCGGCGCCAAUUUCAAUGGUUCUCCGUUGCAUCAUUCAGUAUUGUACAAGCCAUUGAUCGAUGGCAAUGAAAAUGCCAAAACGUUGCAGCAUCAACAAUCCAAUGAAGAAACCGUUCUCGAACCGGAAAUUAUCCCUUCUGCUGGCAUUUCCAGGCAACAGCUAAUUAACAGUCCAUGUCCAAUUUGUGGUGAUAAAAUAUCUGGUUUUCACUAUGGCAUUUUCUCAUGUGAGUCAUGCAAAGGAUUCUUCAAACGAACGGUGCAAAAUCGGAAGAAUUACGUAUGCAUUCGUGGUGGUCCAUGUCCCAUUUCAAUUGCAACGCGGAAGAAAUGUCCAGCUUGUCGAUUUGAAAAGUGCUUGCAACGUGGCAUGAAAUUAGAGGCAAUACGUGAAGAUCGUACGCGUGGCGGCCGAUCAACAUAUCAAUGUUCAUAUACACUGCCCAUGCUUAGUCCAUCGCUGGUUGAUGGCACUUUGUUGAUAUCAAAUAAUCGAACGAAGGCAACUAACCAACAGGACGGGAUGAUUGGUACGAACCAAGCAUCAGGCCCACAAACCAUUCCACCAUUAUUGCAAGAAAUCAUGGACGUUGAACAUCUAUGGAAAUUUAGCGAAGCUGAAAUCAAUAAGCUCAAUCAAAGUCAAAUAUCGAAUAAUGAAAGCAACCGAAACGAUGGUGCAGGAUCAUCAUCAGCGACACUCGCUGCCACCCACUUUUG